AUGAAGCGGGGACGGAGUCAACGUCAAUCACCCAAUCCACAUGUAGAAAAUGGUGGAAGUUGGCGGUCCAAACGCACCAAUGGUAAUACUAGCAAGGUUGUUGGAUCGAGACAUGAGAAGCAGCUGCGGAUGGAGAACCUUAUCGAACAGUGUGGUGCCACGGGGGUCUUCUCGUCGGAUACAAAGGAGACUAGUGAGACCAAGCAAGUGGCAGGUAGGAUGGCUGUUGCUGCUUCUCCAGCUCAGAUUCAGCGUCGUCAACUCAUCCUUGAGGAUUCAGAUGACGAGCUUGUUGCGCUAACAGCUUCGCAUAUGCAUCGUAAUGAGAAGCCAAGCCCUGUGACAAAACUCUAG